ACGAUUGCGAGAGCGACAUAGCAGAAACAGCAGCCUACAGCGUGGACCAAUAGGAUGGCUGCAUAUCAGGUUCACAGCCAACCCGAGUAUCCGCAGAUGCCUGCAUCAAAGCGUUGAGAUUUUUGCUGGGUUGCUUAAGGAUAAGCCCUCUAUUUUUAGAAUCUGUAGUAUACAUUUUAUCGUUUUAUUUUCAAUGUUUAAAUCUUCAUUUUCUUCUUUCUCGACUUUCCCUACGGCGUGUUUGAGAGAAACACCCCCCUCUGUCUGCUUCGUCGCGAGGACUGCGAUAACAGCCGUGCUAUUGAUUUUUGCUCUUCAAUGGAAUACAUUUCUACUCUAAUAGCGAGUGUUGGCAAUACAUUUCGCAUCUGCUGUGUGCCGGUAUUGCCCUCUAUGAGAAAGAGACUAUUCCAUUACUCUUAGCUGAAGAUUGAGAAACCACACAUAGACACAACAAGAACCGGGAAACGUUCAUCCAUAGAGCGUUCAGUUCCAUAGCGCCUUGUCUUGCUCCCCCCUAGAUACCCCAGGACCGUGGACAGCGCUUGUGCCAGUGGCCGCAGCUCGGUGUGAAAAACAACUAUUAGGCCUAUCGGUUAAUCACAAUCAUAACAUGAUACUCAAGAAUUGACUACAAGUAAAGAUUUACAAGCCGUGGUUCUAUAUGGAUUAAACCAGAAGACUGAUUUGAAGGUACCAUUUCCCCUCUCAGAGAACAAGCAUCUUUGGUUCUUCCCAUUAAAAUCACUUUUGUCAGAUCCCUCAGAGAAGAGAACCAACACUCCAUCCAUAGCUCUCUACCCCAGAGGAACCAUGGGUACUGUACUGUCCCUCUCCCCCAGCUACCGGAAAGCGGCCCUGUUCGAGGAUGGCCCGGCCACUGUCGGCCAUUACACGGCCGUCCAGAACAGCAAGAACUCCAAGGACGCCAAGAGCCUCAAGCGCCAGUCCCUCAUCAGCGUGUUGCCAUGGAAACGCAUUGUGGCGGUAUCGGCCAAACGGAAAGGUUCCAAAAAGCUCCCAACCGACGACGGGCAGAAGGCCAGCACUGAGCACACCAUCACCAACAGCCAGAAGCUGAAGAAGUCCCAGUCCUGCGCCAACCUGUCCUCUUUCACCACGCAGGAACCCACCAUAGCUGCCACCAUCCCCACCUCCAAGACCGUCUCCAACGUGGCCGCAGCCACCAAGAAGAACUCGCUGACCGGUUCCACUGGGGGCCAGGCAACGAACGCGGGCACGCCCAAGCGGGUGAUCGUCCAGGCCUCCACCAGCGAGCUAAUGCGUAGUUUGGGUGAGUUCCUGUGCCGGCGCUGCUACCGGCUGAAGCGCCUGUCGCCCACCGACCCGGUGCUGUGGCUGCGAAGCGUGGACCGCUCCCUCCUCCUCCAGGGCUGGCAGGACCAGGGCUUCAUCACCCCGGCCAACGUGGUCUUCCUUUACAUGCUGUGCCGCGAUGUGGUCUCCUCCGAGGUGGCCAGCGAGCGGGAGCUGCAAGCCUCUCUGCUCACCUGCCUCUACCUGUCCUACUCCUAUAUGGGCAACGAGAUCUCCUACCCGCUCAAGCCCUUCCUGGUGGAGGCUGAGAAGGAGGCCUUUUGGGACCGCUGCCUGGAAAUCAUCAACCGCAUGAGUGGCAAGAUGCUGCAGAUCAACUCUGACCCGCACUACUUCACCCAGGUGUUCGCCGACCUCAAAAACGAGAGCAAGAAGGAGGAAGAGAAGACAAGGUUGUUGAUAGGCCUUGACCGAUAAGAGGAACCGUGGGAAGAUGGUAAAGGGAGGAUCAGGGGAGAAGUGGGACGGGUGGGAUGUGGAUAGGGUCAGGGUGGCACGCACGACUACAAAAAGAACACACGUGUUGUCUGGUGUUCCCAUCUUGUAUUAGUAGGACAUUUAUUUAGCUGGAGGCCCAUAAUGGCCAAUCAGGAGGCUCUGGUGUCAUAUAUCAUGUUAACAAGGCCAAUGUUUGGGCAUUAUAGUACUUACAGACAAUCACACAGAUACAAUUACUGAUAAUCUUUAUGUUGAGUGAACAGUAAAAUACUGCCUUCAGGACAUUUGAUAACAGAGAUGCAGCUUGGUCUGGGGCUGGACACAUAUUACAUAUUACUUCAACAGCAGCCAAACCAGACAAGAUUACAUUGAUAGAAAAUGAUGACCCCUCACCAACCCAAAACAGGUAAUCAAAUGUCAGUGACUUGAGUAAAAAGAAGAAUGGCUGAGUAAAAGACAGAUACAUUUUAUGUGUCCAGAUUCAGAGUCAAGAGAAUCACUUUAGGGACUUCAGAAAGCUGUGAGGCCACUGCAUCUCUUUCCCCCUCUCGAAGCUGCAUCGGCAUCCUUACUGACCCUAAAUAUUAACACAGACAGUGGAAACACCAGACAACUUCACUGUAGUAGUCUGCUCGUGUACUGUACAUACUUAG